GGAUGUCCAGGCAGCUCGCUCAGCCCCCCACCCCCGACCUCCCAGCCGGAGCCAGCCCACAGUUUGGAAGUUGCACCCAGCCUGCAGGCUCCAUCACAGGGGGCCACCUCAACCCCAUGGCCGGGCUCAAGUCCCUCCUGCAGCACCCCAUGAAGGGGGAGCAGCGUUUAAAAAACCCCAGCGAUGCAAAAGAUAAAGACCGACCGGAUCUGGAUGAGGACUCCCCGAGGAACAACAGUGGAAUAGUCAGCAGUAAUAACAGUAAUGGCGUUGGUGGUGGUGCUGCUGCUGGUAGUGCUGGUGGUGGUGCUGGUAGUGGUGGUAGUGGUGGAAAUGGAGGAGGACCUUUCAACCAGUUCCUGGGGCCUCUCCUUUGGGAUCGCACACUGCCGGCAGAUGGGGGCCUCUUCCAGCUGCAGUACAUGGACUUGGAGGAGUUCCUCACCGAAAACGGAAUGGGCGCCAUGCAUAACAACAACAGCUCCAGUUCGGCCAAGAUCCCCUCGCAGAGCUCCCCGUCCGCCGUGCCCAGCCAAAGUUCCCAGUGCCUACCGCCAUCGUCCCCGGCUUGCUCCUCGUCUUCUUCGCCCUCUUCCUCUCCAUCGCUCAUUGGCUUGGAGGUGGCCCAGCCGCAGAGCCUCGCAGGAGGAACCGACUGUCUGCAUGGGAGUCAAACGAGUAUGAACGAGUCGUGUGAGUCACCCUGCUCCUCCUCCUCGUCCUCCUGUCCACCUCUGCUGACGCCCGACGGCAGUGGACCGGAUGGGGCUGGAAUGUUUGAUGCUGACACUUCGGACAUGGCUAUGUCCAGCAGCCCCAGCCAGCAUAACUACGACCCCCGGAGGCACUCCUUCAGCGAAGAGGAGCUCAAACCACAGCCAAUGAUCAAGAAGGCCCGCAAGAUCCUGGUGCCUGAUAACAUGAAGGUGAAUGAUCUCCUCUCACCAAAAGAAUUCUGUGCACGGGAUGAGAAGUACUGGACCAGGCGCUACAAAAACAACGAAGCGGCAAAGCGCUCCCGAGACGCUCGCCGUCUCAAAGAGAACCAGAUCACCGUGCGCGCCGCCUACCUGGAGAGAGAGAACGCCACGCUCCGACAAGAAGUGGCCGAGAUGCGGAAGGAACUUGGUCGCUGCCGCAACAUCCUCAGUAAAUACGAGAACCGCCUCGCUGAUCAGUGAUGAAGGCCCGGAGCGAAAUCAGGAAGAGGAGGAAUAUAAGCUGGAUUCAAGACUGAAUUUUUGGGGGGGUUGCACGAUGGACAGAAUGGGGUCAGGAUAAUGAUGAUGAGGAAGAUGAUGAUGAUUAUGAUGAUGAUGAAUGUAUAAGACGAGGAGAAGGUUUGUGUAUUGAAGCUCAGGUGUCUUGUUGAGGUGUCAGCUCUUAAAAGUCAUGGAUGGAGAGAAUAAUUUAACAGAUGACAGAUGUGACUUUUAAGAGUUUUGUUAUUGGAGAAUUGUAUAUUUUUAUAAUACUUAUGAAAAAUUAGAGGGAGAGCAAAUUUGGAGAAUAAUUUUGUAUAUUUUCUACACGACUGGGACAUAGAGACGGGAGGGAAGCUAUGGUAAAUCUCUUUUUAUGAUAGACCAGUCAGAAGCUGUUUUCACAGGUGGUCAGCCAUCGAUGGUUAUUUUUCAACUUGAUUCUUGUAGUCAGGAUGCAGCAGCAGUGGCGAGGACGCAUGUAACAAAUUGUAAUAUAGAGAGCAAAAUUAUCUCAGAAUCGUAUAGUUUGACAUUUUUGUGGAUUUUACUCAAGCACUUAAUUUCUAUGGUUAUUCCUGUUCUGUUUCUGUCACUGGGAAUGGGCGUGCAGGGGGGGGAGAGAGAGCGGCAGAAUGAGAGACGCAUGUAAACGGCUCCGCAUUAUCCUAACACAUGUCUUGUCCGGUCAUGUGUGUUCACCUUUUUGAAUUGACUUUACUUCACCCACAUAAAUUCCUGAUACCUCGGCCGUAUAUGUGAGAUCGGUGCAUCUUUCACGAGUCCAUACUUGUAUCUUUUAUCUCCUCGAUCCCAGCGGAGUGCUUUUUAACUCCUCCCUGGUGUUUCACUCUUGUCGUGAAGCCCAGGGCAAAUCUGCUCCUCCCGAUCCGCAUAUCUAUUUGUCUGUAUGGACAAACCCAGAGGCUCUCUUUCUGUCUGCUGCCUCCCCCGUUCACUGUCAACUCCUCCAGGAAACAAUCGGUCCCGGUGUCUCCCUUGUACCUGGACAGUACAUAGAGAAAGCUCAAAUCUCAGUGUUGUAAUGUAUUCUGAAAUAGUAAUCCAACCUUCCCAGUAAAACGCACAUCGUUACUUUACCGUACUUUAUGAACACACUAUAAUUAGCAUUAUUGCAGGGGGGAGGAAUGAUGUGUAUAUUGGAUAGGCCUAUACUAUUUUGUGUAUGUGAUGUAUUCCAGGAGAUGGGUCGAGAACACCCGUCGAGUGGAAUGGUGUUAAUUUCUCAGAUUUCUGGGAGAAAUAAAAGCCAAAAUUUCCUAUGUUGAUUCACAAAGCUUGUUGCUAUGUAGUGCUUUUUUCAAUACUGCUCCUUCCUUACUGUUUACUCCUAUUAUUACUGCUUACUUUAUACUGUAUCUAUGAACGUCUCUGUGUACCCACAUCACCUGCACAGGGCCAUGGUACACUAUGUUAUGUUCGUGGGGGAGGGAUGACUAGUAAUAGAGUGUGAUUUUAAUCCCCUUAAUGACCAUGGUGAGUAGGUACCAUUACUGCUAUUAUUAUUGUUAUGAUUAUGAUGAUUAUCCCUCUUAUUAUUGCUGUUCUAUAUUACUGAAUUAUUUUCUUUCGUUGGAUGAACGUGAUCUGUUGCACCUUGAAACGUCUUUGAUAUUCAUUGUUCCUCAGAAAGACUAUUCCAUUGGAUAAAAAGAAGAGAAACCCUCACUCUGUUAUUUCCAUCCCGUCUCAGACCUGCAGACGCUCUUCUGCUACGGACACUACUGCCACCUGUUCCUCCUUGGAUUUCAAAAAAAGAGGCUCAAUAACUUGAACAUGAUGCUCAUUGCAGACUUUCUUUUCCCCUCGACGACGUCCUCUUCUGUUCCUCAGCGGUGUAUGGACUAUGCACACUGUCAAUAUGCUCCGUGUUGGUUUAUUUCAGCCUUUAUCACCCUCAAUCAGUGAUUGUUUGCUCUCCCGGCAGGAUUCUAGUCUCUAAUAUCCUCACAGAUGCGGCUGAUGAAUCUAGUGACUCUUAAUUGAACUACAACUGCCCUGCUGCAUCAGUGGUGUCCAUGGUGCCCAGUCCACUCGGCGCUGGUUAUUUGGAUGUAGUUGAGAUUUCCCAAAAAACACCAAUAAAAGAUUGUUCUCAUGCA